CAAUGCUUUCCCGAACAUUGCGGACCAGCCGUGCGGCUCCUCUGCGAGCUGUGUCGAGGGGAGGAUAUGGAUUGACAGGGAGAAAUGUUACCACAGAUGCAGCGAGCGCACAUGCAGAUAAAGAUGCGGUGCCAGAGGAAGACGACAAACCGUUCCAGGUCCACCUCUCAGACGAGUCCUUUGAGACCUACGAGCUGGAUCCCCCGUCUUACACCAUGGAGACGACGAAGAAGGAGCUGAAGCAGAUGUACCGUGAUAUGGUUUCCGUUCGCCGCAUGGAAAUGGCCGCCGACAGGCUUUACAAAGAGAAGAAGAUCCGCGGCUUCUGCCAUCUCUCCACCGGCCAAGAAGCCGUCGCCGUCGGCAUCGAGCACUCUCUCACCAAGGAAGACGACAUCAUCACCGCAUACCGAUGCCACGGCUUCGCGCUCAUGCGCGGCGGAACCGUCAAGUCCAUCAUCGGCGAGCUGCUCGGUCGCCGCGAGGGCAUUGCCUACGGAAAAGGCGGCUCCAUGCAUAUGUUUGCCAAGGGCUUUUACGGCGGCAAUGGUAUCGUUGGCGCGCAGGUUCCAGUCGGUGCUGGGCUCGCGUUCGCACAUAUGUACAAUGGCAAUAAGAAUACGACUGUUGCGUUGUAUGGUGAUGGGGCUAGUAACCAGGGACAGGUUUUCGAGGCGUUCAAUAUGGCGAAGUUGUGGAACUUGCCGAUUUUGUUUGGGUGUGAGAACAACAAAUACGGCAUGGGCACAGCAGCCAACCGCUCCUCAGCCCUAACAGACUACUACAAGCGCGGCCAAUACAUCCCCGGCCUGAAGGUAAACGGCAUGGACGUUCUCGCCGUCAAAGCCGCCGUAGCACACGCCAAAGCGCACACAGUCGCCGGCCUGGGCCCCCUCGUUCUCGAAUACGUCACCUACCGCUACGGCGGCCACUCCAUGUCCGACCCGGGCACCACCUACCGCACCCGCGAAGAGAUCCAACGCAUGCGCUCCACGCAAGACCCGAUCGCGGGCCUGAAGCAGAAGUUGCUGGAGUGGAAUGUCACGACCGAGGAGGAGCUCAAGGCCAUUGAUCAGGAGGCAAGAAAAGCGGUUGAUGAUGAGGUGGCGGAGGCCGAGAAGAUGGAGUUCCCGGAGCCCACAGGCAAGGUGCUAUAUGAGGAUAUUUAUGUGAGGGGGAGUGAGCCGCAGUUCAUGAGGGGGCGGACGCCGGAUGAGAACUACUAUUAUUGAGUGGUUCUUGAUGGUGGGGGAGUGAAGUGAGGGGUGGGGAGGGGGGAAGUGUACAUUAGUUGCCAUGAAAGAUGCGUGGCUGCAAUGCAAUUUUGUGUCAUAGAUUCCAAUCUUCUUCUCUUGCCUCGUUCCCUUCAUCCUUGCUAUCUCGUCCGGGUCUCAUGUGUACGCUUGGGCUGUUAACAUUGAAUAUGGAUAGUUCCUUCCUCUCUAUCUAGCACAGCUUGCGUAGCUAUGAAAGUGGGUAUAAAAAUAUAAUCCUGGC